AUGACAGAUUUUGAGGUCAGAUGUUUUGAUGUUGCAAAAACAGGAGAUGCUCGAAUAGGUUUUGUCGGAUUUCCUUCAGUGGGGAAGUCUACACUGUUGAGCAACCUUGCUGGGGUGUAUUCUGAAGUUGCUGCUUAUGAGUUCACCACUCUUACUACAGUACCUGGUGUUAUUCGAUAUAAAGGUGCCAAAAUCCAGCUUCUGGACCUUCCUGGAAUUAUCGAAGGGGCCAAGGAUGGCAAAGGUAGAGGGAGGCAAGUCAUUGCAGUGGCUCGAACAUGCAACUUGAUCCUGAUAGUGUUGGAUGUGCUGAAACCUCUGGGUCAUAAAAAGCUCAUUGAACAUGAGUUAGAAGGCUUUGGUAUUCGACUGAACAAGCAACCCCCUAACAUUGGCUUCAAGAAGAAAGACAAAGGAGGCAUAAACUUUACUGCAACGUGUGCACAGAGUGAGUUAGAUGUGGAGACAGUGAAGACCAUUUUAGCAGAGUACAAAAUCCACAAUGCCGACAUAACUCUACGCAGUGACGUCACGGCUGAUGACCUUAUUGAUGUAGUGGAAGGAAACAGGGUAUACAUCCCAUGCAUUUACGUACUCAACAAAAUUGACCAGAUCUCAAUUGAGGAGCUUGAUAUUAUUUACAAGGUACCCCACUGUGUCCCAAUCUCUGCUCACCACCGCUGGAACUUUGAUGACUUGCUGGAAAAAAUGUGGGACUAUUUGCAGCUUGUUCGAAUCUACACCAAACCCAAAGGCCAGCUGCCCGAUUACACGUCCCCUGUUGUGCUUCCAAAUGGACGCACAUCAGUGGAGGAUUUCUGCUUAAAAAUUCAUAAAAACCUCAUCAAAGAAUUUAAAUAUGCACUUGUGUGGGGCUCAUCCGUAAAGCACAACCCCCAAAAGGUAGGAAAAGACCACAUCUUGGAGGAUGAAGAUGUUAUUCAGCUUGUGAAGAAGUAACUGGAAACGACUGCAUGUACACAUCUGUACAGUCUCCUAUAAAGAUACCAUGCAUGGAUUCUAAAGCAUUUGUGUCACUGUUUUUGAUCUCAUUUAAAAACAAUAAUGGAAUACAUGACUUCAAGUGUUGAGUAUGUCCAAUAUACUUACACCAUGAAUAGUUCAUAUUGAAUAUUGGUUAAGUCUUGCACAAAUCUGUAAAAUAAAAAAAAUCUUUAAAUGAA